AUGAUUGUCAGUGUAUCAUCACCACGACAGCGUGCCCUCUGCCCACAGUGUGUUGAGCUGAUAGACGGCAUUUGUGCAGCUCCUCUCCUGCGCCCUGGAACUCUCAGUAAAAGCGUCACGCACAAGACGUGGUUCAUCGACGGACGCGAGGAGUCGCCUUCCGGAGCGUCGCAGUCUUUCUACGCGGCCACCAACACCACGGAGACUGGCCAGAUACGUGGUCUGGUCAAGCUGCACGAGCUGACAGGCAACAACUUGGCCUGGAAGAAGCUGUUCACAGAGGCCAUUGCGUUGGCGAAGGAUGGCUUCGUGGUCAACCAACGGUUUAUUGACGACCUGGAGCUUUACAGAAAUGAGAUCGAAAGGAACCGAGAGCUCAGGCUGCUCUUCAGGCCUGGUCAGCUGGAGGUGGGCUCGAUGUUGAAGCAGUCUAAGAUGGCGCAGACCCUCACGAAGCUGGCGUCAGACGCUCGACAGGACUACUUCUACCAGAAGGAGUUCGCCACGGAAUGGCACAGGGAGCUCUCUGACAUUGGAUCCCUGAUCAAGUUGACGGACAUCUUGAAUUAUGAGGCCAGGAAGCUACCCACACUGAAUAUCACGCUGGAAGACGAACUCAUGUUGGUCACGGCUCCUCCUCCCACCACUGGCGCCAUCACGGCAGCCAUCUGUGGCAUCGUGAAGCAGAAGUACUCUGACCAUCCGCCCAAUGACGACGCGUCCUUCUACCAUGUGCUCACCGAGGCGUUCAAGUUCGGUUUCGGACGGCGUUCUGUGUUCGGGGACUACGACUUCACUGACGCCGAGAACCUAGCUGAUAUGAUGGACCCGGAGUACUUGAAAGUGCUGGCUGACCGCAUUCGCGACAACGGUGUGCUGCCUUCGUACUCCGAAUACUACCUUCACCAUGACAAAGCACCACCGGAGCAGCACUAUGCGAUUAAAAGUCUCAGCGGAGGUGCCGUGCCCAUUAUCAUCUGGGCACCCAACGGAGACGUCGUCGCACUCAUAACCUCCCUGAACUCCAUGCUCGGGUCACAGAUCAUAUCCGAGAAGUAUGGCAUCAUCUACAACAACGUGAUGAAUGACUUCGACCUGUCACAGCAACCCAACGUGUGGGGCUUCCCAGGGUCACUUUCGUCGAACAUUCUGGCACCCAGCCGCAGACCCGUCACUUCUCUGGCGCCCGCGUUCGUCUUCCACAAGGGGGCGCUAGUGGCUAUCGCAGCUGGAGUCGGCGGCGGCUUUGCCAUCACUGGCAUAGCGCAGGUGGUACUACGGAAUCUGAUGUUCAGCCGGUCACCGAAGGACGCAAUCGAUUGGUACCGCAUCCACCACCAGCUAAUGCCCAACACGCUCUUCAUCGAGGACAGAAUGGACAUCGGCCAGCAGGCGUACCUGCGCUUCCGGUCUCAUGAUGUGCAGUCGCUACCGCAUUGGGGCGGCACCGUGGUGGCCGUGACACAAAAGGAUGGGCGCAUCUACGCCACGUACGAUUUCCGCGACAACUCGCUGUCUGACACCAUCGUCGGCGAGUGACCAACGCCAGGCUACCUUGCUGGUGGUCGUCAGUGGCACUUGGAUGGGACUGCAUUCGCCUACUAGCAAAGCCUACAUUGAGCUUUAAC